AUGUCAGGAAGCUUGGGAACUUGCGCCGCUUGCUUGCGCCGCGCCUUGCAAGCAUCGACUCGCAGAACCGCCAUCCUACCAGCAGCUCCUCUACAGGCCAGCAGACGGUAUGCCUCUACAAUAGCAUCCACAAUCGCUGAACGGACCGAUGCUCCACGGAACCUCAUCUUGGAGCCGGUCGAUUCCGAAGUCUCCAACAAGAAGAACCAGGAGCGGCUGGAGCGCAUUGUGAAGAAGGAGCUGGCGCAUAUGAACACGGACGAUCCAUGGAAGAUUGCGCAAUACGUGGAAAAUGCCCUCGCCACUGACAGGUUUGAAGAAGCCUUGCUCUUGACAAAGACUGCGGGCAAAGAUCGCCAGGUUGUCGUGGCCUGGAACCACCUCAUCGGCUAUCUGCUGGGCAAGCAGAAGCUGAGAGAAGCGAUCAAGCUGUACAAUGAUAUGAAAAAAAGAGGACAGCUACCCAAUGUCCAGACUUUCACAGUCAUUUUCCGAGGCUGCGCUCAAUCGCAGCAUCCCAAGCUUGCGGUGGCUGAAGCUGUCAGGCUCUACAACGUCCUUCUCAAGGACAAGCGCCUGCAGCCAAACUCCAUACACAUGAACGCUGUUCUCAACGUUUGCGCGAGAGCCGGUGACCUCGACUCCAUGUUCCUCAUCGCGGAUACUGCCAAUGAGUCUACCCGCGCCCCUACGUCAUAUACGUAUACCACCAUCCUAAAUGCCUUGCGGUUUCAGGCAAUCCGCGACGGAGAAGUCAAGGAUAUCACGCCGGAGCAACAAGCUGCAAAUUUGCAAAAAGCUGUGGAUCGCGGAAAGAGUAUUUGGACCGAGGUCAUUGACCACUGGAGACAAGCCCGGUUGGUCAUUGAUGAAGAGCUGGUGUGCUCCAUGGGCCGUUUGCUUCUCCUUGCUCCUAAGCGGGAAGACAAGAGGGAGGUACUCAACUUACUACAACAGACCAUGAGCAUCCCCAAUCUCGCUCAGGACACCACCAUGGAUGCAUUCCAAGACUCUGAGAUGCAGAAAAUCUCUGUUACCGGCGCUGCAAAGAAGGUGCCUUCGACUAGAGCCGUAUAUGCUAUCCCUAGCCGAAACACCCUGGCUCUGGUCUUGACGACUCUGGCCUCCUCAAAGCUCACCACAUGCGGCAUCAAAUACUGGAACUUGUUGGUUCGCCACUAUGGUAUUAUACCGGACAACGACAAUUGGCUGCGCAUGUUUGGCAUGCUCAAGGUUGCCAAAGCCAGCGCUCACGCCUCCUCUAUCCUGAGCCUUGUUCCCGACGAGUUCAUCGACGCCAAGCACUACGAGAUCGCCAUGGAGACUUGUGUCCGCGACAACAUCAACCCCAAUGCCAUUGCCAAUUCAAACCGAGUGCUCGAGUCCAUGCUUGAGCGCCUUUCCGUCCCGGGUUUGCACGCUCUUCGCAUGUACUUGCGUGUUGCCCUCGUCAGCCAUUUCCAGUUCCGCGAAAGAGUCGAAAAGGGCGAUAAAGAAGGCGCCAAACGUGACUAUGGGCUGCAGAUAACAACUGCCCUCGCACAUCUCUGGGAGCCUUACAAAAAGGCUCACUAUCACUUCUUCAAAGAGAUUCCGAAAGGUAAUGAUUCCAGUUCAGGAGCAGUCUACAACAGUCAGCGCGAGGUCAUUGCCCUGGCACGCCUCAUGUUCAGCGCAUUCAACAAGGUCAUCUACGAGGAGAUGCUCCCCGAGAAGGACGCCAAGGAACUCCGCUCAGUUGGCGCAAAGAUUAACCGCGAGAUUCAAAAGUUUUACUCGGGCCGUGAUGAAAGAGAGCCCAACGUGCGAAAGGCUCGCCGUGGCGGUCCGGAUCAGGCACGAGAUGCUGCUGAGCCACAUGAGGAGGAAAACAUCAGUGAAGAGGACAGACUGAAUAGCGGGUUCAGGCCAGGAGGCGACUUUGUCUGGAAUACGACAAGACAAGCUCCAGUAGAAGAGGAGAGGCAGCCCCGGAGGCCUUGGGAUGCCGGCAGGACAAGACAGCCCCGAGAGGAGGAAGACAGGCGGCCUAGAAGGUCGUGGGAUGCCAGCAGGCCAAGACGAUUCCAGGAUGAAGAGAGGCGGCCUAGGAGAUAUGGGGAUGCUACCAGGAGGCAGAGGACGUAUUAA